UUAAGCACAUUUAAAAGUUCACUAGCGGGGUAUUGAUUCAGAAAUAUCUCAUCUCUAUUUUCGAGACGGCUAUUUCUCCAUUUAACGGAGCCACUUCGGGUAUCGUUCGGCUGCAAUCUUCGAUAGGUUUUAGAAAACCGGAAAAAGUUGUCGAAGGAAUUCGAACCCAUGACUUCUACGUUAUUGGACAAUGUAAAGCCUGGGCGCAAUAUACCUUUUCAACGAUGAGAACUACCUCACUUACAGCAAGUCUUAUCUUAGUAAUCUCUCUGUUUAUUGCCACCGUUCACGCGCAAAAUCAAGGGAUUGACCGUUGUGACGGAAUCACCAAUAACACUAUCCGAUCUCAAAUCUGCCUGUCUGGAAAGUGUCCGUUCAUCUGCGGCAGCGCCAAUGAAUCAGCUUACUCCAAAUGUGACCAAGUAUGUGUCGUGGAGCCUUGCGCGUCGUUGAGCUGCAACUCUUCAGAGUGUUUCCAGCGGUGCCUAGCGGGAGGAUGUGAGUCGCUGCACUGUUCAAGCGAUGACUGCACACAGACAUGCAUGGGAAAUUGUUCUCGCGUAAACUGCACGAUGACGUCCAAAUGCAACCAGCAAUGCGAGAAGGGACAUUGUGGAUUGCACGCCAGCGGUGAUGGUGUGGUUGUCCAGAAUUGCGCCGAGAUGUGUAGUGAUGUGAAGUGUGAGGCUGACGAUUGCCGGCAAGUCUGUGAAGGAGAGGGGUGCGGUUUGGAGUGUUCCAAAGACGCCGGGGAGUGUAAUCAGAAUUGCAAAGGGCCUUGCACCAUGCAGUGCGGUGCUUCGAGAAAGUGUGAAACCAGUUGCACAGGAGGAAAAUGCAAUUUGGACUGUAACAACGCUAACACCGCGCUCUGUGAGCAAACCUGUGCUCAUGGCGCCUGCAAUAUCAAGUGCACAGCAAUGAACUGUGAUAGCUCAUGCUCGGGAGGUCACUGUGCCGACUUCAAGUGCACCGCUGGCGAAAACUGCACACAGAACUGUGGGCACAACUGUACCAAUAUGAGAUGCACAGCCAAGGAAUGCGAUCAAACCUGCACCAAGGGCAACUGUAAAAUGUACUGUGAGUCAGGUUCAGACUUGUGCAUUAUGUCCUGUCCUGGUGGAAAUUGUCUGCUCCACUGUGAUGGAGCCAAAUGUAAACGCGACUGUUCUGGCGGUAGGUGUGUGCUAUCUGGAUCAGGGAAAGAGGAGACGACUCCAAGACCAACAGUCACCGCGGCACCCAAGCCAAGUGGUAAUGCACCAGGGCCCAUGUCAGCCGCUUUGGCCUUUUUUGUUCCUUGGAUAGCCUACAUCUUUUCUGUGUACGAAUACUAACGAUCUUCACACUGAUUCAAUUAACUAAGAACUCUACCGUAAUUUUACAUCGCCGCUUUUUGUAAUGAGCGCUCACAGCUGUCAGACAGGCGAUAUAUUUUUAUCCGCGUAUUAUAUUUUAAGAUAGCGCCCUCUAAAGUCUCUUCAGACCAGGAAGGGGCGGGGGACUUCUAAGCAAGGACCCCACCAACUUUGAAUGCUUCUAGCUUUUAAAGGAUUGCAGUAAUGAACUCAGUUUAGCCGUUGGCAUAUGAUUGGUCAAUGAAGUUGAUUCUCCCAUGACAACCGUAUUUUGACUGUCAUGUUUUUCAAAUUUCAUUUUUUUCUGUUUUUAAUUACAUAUCUUAGCUUUCUUGCAAUAAUUGACUUUUAUCAUUUUAGGUGAAUUCAGCUUUCUUUAUCGCUUUUGAUUAUUAUUGAUGACAGCUGUUUUGAGGUAAUCACAUAGUUUCUAUGUUAUGCGGCGUCUUCAUUUCAUGUUAAGAUCUUCAAAGGAAACAAUUUUGUACGUAUUAUAAAGCCCCACCCCCAGUCCCAAGAGACCACAAAAGGCCCGCUAAGAAAAUACAGAGUUUAGUUGUUUGAUAAUUUUUAACCUGAAAGUUUACUGAUUGUCAAACCGUUAAGUAGUUGAAGUCAAGAGUUCCACUUUUAUCCAGCACGGUUCAAAAUUGUGCACUAAUUGGUCCUAUAAUCUAGCCAAAUAUAUUCAAAGUCAGUCAUAACUUUU